AUGUCUCGUCUGAAGCAAGGGAGGGACAUUCAGAAUGACACAGAAGAGAAACACCCACUCAUCGUCUAUGGUCGCAGCCACGUUGGUACUCUACUCAUCAACUACUACCACGAGAGGGUCAAGCACCAAGGCCGGGUUUUCACGGAGGGAGCUAUACGUUCUGAUGGCAUCUGGAUCGUUGGAGCCAAGAGAUGUAUCGCGAGACAUUUGUACAGGUGUGUGACGUGUAACAAGCUCCGAGGUAAGAAAACCGAGCAAAAACUGGCUGACCUCCCUUCAGAUCGGCUAAGCACAGAGCCGCCCUUCACCAAUGUAGGUAUCGACUUGUUUGGCCCUUGGAGUAUAUCGACUAGACGCACCCGUGGAGGUGCUGCCAACAGCAAGAGGUGGGCAGUAAUCUUCACCUGCCUCAGCGUGCGUGCUGUUCAUAUAGAGCUAAUUGAGGCCAUGGACACAUCGAGCUUCAUAAAUGCUCUUCGUCGUUUCCUUGCCAUCCGGGGUCCAGUGAAGCUGAGCCGCUCCGACUGUGGCACGAAUUUCAAGGGAGCCUGCACAGAACUUAAAGUACUCCUGCAAGAUGACAAGGAGCCCAAUGUCUCCAGGUUCCUCAACGAAGAAGGCUGUACAUGGAUCUUUAAUCCGGCCCAUUCUUCUCACAUAAGUGGUCCGUGGGAGAGGAUGAUUGGGGUCUCCAGGAGGAUUCUGGAUUCCAUGCUGUCCCAAAUCCAACCUUUUCAUCUUACCCACGAAGUUCUAUCUACAAUCAUGGCAGAGGUGUCCGCCGUAAUCAACGCCAGACCUCUGACCACCAUCUCAACAGAUGUAAAUGCUCCAUCUCUUCUUACACCUACCAUGAUCCUUACCCAGAAAAUCUGCAGUCCUCCACAACCUCCGGGGUGCUUUGUUGAUGCCGAUCUACACCGCCAGCAAUGGAGAAGAGUCCAGCACUUGGCCAACACCUUUUGGGAGAGGUGGAGGCGCGAGUAUCUCUCUACACUCCAGAGUCGCUCCAAGUGGCAAAAGAGCCAUCCCAACAUCAAGGAAGGAGACCUAGUGCUUCUUCGUGAUACUCAGGUGAAGAGGAUCCAGUGGCCCAUGGCGUUGGUCACGAAGACCUUCGCUGCAAGCAACGGCAAGGUCAGGAAGUUGGAGCUCAGGGUUUCCAGAGGAAGGACUUCCAAGACUUUCCUCCGGCCCAUCACUGAAGUGGUGGUCCUCAUAUCCCAUUAG